UAAAAUUAUGUCAUAUAUAGUCAUAUGUGACGGUAGGGAAUGCUCAAUGUUUCAAGGGGCUGAUUUACGUUUUGGGCCGUUGUUGUUAGUCUGCCACCGAGUACCGAAUUCGAGGCUAAGGAAAGAGUUCUGCACAAAUACCGGCCUCCAUCUCCUUUAUCCUGUCCACCUUUCAACAUCUCGAUCACUCUAGAUCUCGCCAUCCGCUCGUUACAGAAGCACUUUGUCUCGUUCUUUUACCCUCCAUUCAUCCCUCCACUGCCUCUCUUCACUCCCUUGCGCUAGCGCUACAUAUCAAUCAUGCACGCUUCCACUAUCCUCUACGGGCUCGUUUUCCUGCAGGGCGCCAUGGCGUCUCCGGUUGGUAACGUAGCUGCUGCUGACGUUGAACCUCGGGCCACCGAGCCUGAGGGCCUUGAAACUCGACAUAUCGAGCGUAGGGCUCCGGCUCUUGGGGACAUGCCCUUCCCAGCCUUCCCAUCCCUCAAAAAAAAAGGCCAGAGCAGUGGUAGCAAAGAUUGCUCGUCGAAUGACCAGACAGCGGUCUGCUCUUCGGGAAGCGCAUACUGCUGUAGCCCUGAUGGAAACGGUGGUACCAAGUGUGCUAUCUCGGACUCUUGCAACACCGAUUCAAAGAUCAUUUGCUGCAACAAUAACAGCGGGUAUCAAAUGUGCAUUGGUGAGAUCGACUUCAACAUGCCCGUCACCAUCAAUAUCAACAUCAACGGAGGCGGAAAGGGCAAGAAGGGCGGGAAGUAGAAGCCUUGUUCGUGUUGUCCGGAAGACGAUGUCUCAGUAUCAAAACGGGUCUGUCGGUGCAACUGGCAUAGGCUAGGCUGCCCGCUACUUUCGUUUCUUACAUUCUUUUAUCUUAUUGAAGACGCUGGAGGGUGGAGUCGUUCCUUUCGAAUUGUUGUAGUUUAUGCAGUAAAUGAAUACCACCCUCUUCUACCUUGUUUAUAAA